UGCAGACUGUGGCCAAGACGGCAACGAAUGUGGUUACCCCUACAGCGACCUUGGCCACGGACGCGGUCACCCAGACGGUGGGCAGUACGACGCUCGUGACGGCGGGACUUCCGUCUGCGACGAGUCCUCCAGCCAGAACUGCACGUCCUACCACUGCACCUCCCACGACUGCGUUCACGAAGACUGGCACUACUAAGACUGGCACUACCAAGACCACAACGCAGCAGAGUCCGUCGUCGCAGAAGGAGGACGAGAAGACCCCAUCGACCCCACACAUUGUGACUCUGACGGCUAAGGACUCGUCCGACUCAAAGACCGAGACCAGCGCGGACCAGACCGACUCGGACUCUAGCAAGCCCAACUCUAAGAACAAGAAGAACACGUCAGCCGGCGACGAGUCUGACAGUAGUGAUGACUCGGUGUUUGUCCCCAAGUCUUCGAAUUCAUCGUCCUCGUCGACCGACGUAGCGGACGUGACCAAGAAGCCUUCGACUAAGAAGCCUACCAAGACUAAGCAACCUACUACUUCUUCUUCCUCUAAUGCCGACGACAGUGCCUCUGACUCGGGCUCUGGCUCGGAGGAGGUCGGUAUUCCUGACGACUCGGCUUCAACUGCAGAAGGUUCGACGUCUAUGUCGGGAUCCAUGGAAGGUCCAGAAGUGGGCGAUGUGUCUACUCCCGAGCCUAACAAGACGACGCUACGUCCUGAACCUGCUCCUGCUACUGCGGCCCCCGCUCCGGCUGCACCGGCGGCUACGCCCGCCCCGCCGGCUGCGGAAUCAACGCCCGGGAGCGGCAGUCUAACGAGCCAGGAAGCUCAAGCCAAGCGCGCGGAAGACGUGUCCGGUAAGAGCGACACAGGCACAUCGGCCUUGUUGGCGGUGGUCGCCGCGGCCGGUUGCGCGGCCGUUGUCGCCAUCUUCGCGUACGUGAAGAAGCAGAACCACGAGACGGAGGGUACAGGCCCCGACGGCUCUCGCAGCUCUGCCACCACGGCGGACGGCGUACGCCCAUCAGAAGACAGCGUGUACAACGACCCGUUGGGCACGCGCUACUCCAGUAUCGUCAUGAUCACGCCCAACGGCGACGGGGUGUGCAUCUUGUAGAUGGAGUGAAUGCGCACCGAUAGAGGGCGACUGCGCUUUGUGAACAGAACGACAUGUGGAUAGCUUAACCCUCGCGGAUUUUGACCUUAAAAGUAAUCGA